AUGGAUACAGCUGACAAGCAGUCCCCAUCUGUCUUCAGGUGCGGACAAUGUAACAAACCAUUCGACAAACGCAAGGUGGCUUGCGACCACAAGCGGCCCAAGUGCUCGAGAUGCAUAGACAAGGGCAUUCAAUGCCAGUAUCCAGUCAAGAACCUUAGAAAGAAAGGUUCGGGUCAAGAGACUCAUCCCGGACGGGAAAAGAGGACGUCUCCCUCGUUGUCGGGAAUUCCUCCCGAUAUCAAUAGUCUCCCAGAAGGAACUGGCGCAAAUGACAUGUUUGUCGAUGGUGCGCUUGCAAUUUCAGACCAGGACUUGGCAAAUUUUGGAGGGGAAUACCUUGAUUGGGAUGAUGGCGGCAUCGGUCUCGCCGACAUUUUCGAUACUCAGACAUAUGAAUCUCCCGUUUCACAAGGGUCGUCAGCACUGGUUCGUCACGCAAUAACCUCUUCUGCCCAGGCAUCUCAAGGGCAACAAGACCUGAGCUCCUCUAUCACUUCGAUACCGAAAUCACCAACCCUUACUGUCCGAUCACUCAUCCACCGGCCCACGAUGCAGGCCGGGACACAGAGGAUUGCUAAUCUCAUUCUUCACAACUUGAAGUCCUACCCUCUAAUGAUCCGGCGCCAUAAUGACCUUCCACCCUUCAUUCACAAGGGCUUGCUUUCUUCCAGCUUCGAGGACGCCUGCAUGGAGCCACUGACUAAUUGUCUGAGCUUGGUACACCUGAUUAAUGACGGGUUACAAACGAGUCGGAAAUUAUUCUGGAGAAAUGUGCGGAUGGAGUGUGAACGUCUGUCUGAAGAGUGUAUGUCCUGCAACGACGGACUGGAGAUGAGCUGGAAAGAGUGGAUAUUCAGGGAAUCCAGGAGAAGACUAGGCGUAGUCUACCGCGUGGUAAACAUGCUCGUCUAUUUUGACCCAGUAGCCAUAUGCGACCUGCCCAACGACCUCGUCCUAGCGCCCCUGCCAGCUAAGAGGCAGCUAUGGGAAGCCAGCGACGAGUUUGCGUGGAAGAUAGAGAGCCAGCAAGAGCUUGGUGUCCAUGUUGCGUUUGGACUAGCCUCGGACGGCAACGUCGUCCGGCUGGACGAAGGUCGCCUUUCCUGCAGUGAUGCUUGGAUGUCUCGUCAGGCGUCUGAUGCUGGCAAACCGUCACGUUGCGCCGCGAACUGGGAGGAUUGGUGCUCGGACGACCUGCUGGACGGCGGACACAUCGAGAUCCUAUGA